GUCGCACAAUCUUCAGAGACAUCUACACGAGAAAUUGUAAUGCAGGUGUCGUCUAAGCACCUGUCACUUGCUUCUAAGGUUUUCGACAACAUGUUUCAAGGGCAACCUCGGGACAACAUUAUCUCACACGAUCAAGAAGCAGUAACUAUUCCUCUCCUGCAUGAUAACGUUGAAUCAAUGCAGAUUCUACUCUGCAUUGUACAUGGGCUGACGAGACGAGUUCCGCGACGAGUGGAGAAGUCAACUUCUACAAAUUGUCAAAGUGAUCGACGAAUACGAAUUCCAUGAAAUAGCUGAGGUCUUUACGGAAAUGUGGUUCGAGUCUCUGCGACCUUCAAUUCCUCGCAGUCUUCACCAAGAUCUGGCUUCCUGGAUCUACAUUUGUUGGCAGCUGGAGAAAUCAGAAGAGUUCAAAACACUGACCGAAAUUGCGAUCCGAGAU